UCUGAUCUUCCCCCGUGAGUUCUAAGAGUUGGUUCCGACCAUUUGCCACACCCAUGGUAUAUAGGCAACUUCCUGCCUGAGGAUCUUCCUCUUCCCAGAGGAAAUCACACCAGAAGCAGUGCCUGUAGUAGCAAACGUCCUAGCGACAACUUUGGGGGGUUGACCAUAUAAACGCUGCCGGUGGAUGUGCAGACCAGAAACGCAGACCGUCUGCGCAUCAUGGCUUCCACACUGGUGCUUCUGCUUCAGCUGCUCCUGGUCUCGAUGGCGUCUGCACAGAAUUUCUUUGGGGGAAGCUCGAUUUUCACCUACAAAGGAAAAACCGCUGACGGAUCAGUUAUUGUGACCUUUCGCAGCAGGGCCACCUUCAGCAGCUGUCAGUCCCUCAGCUGGAGUUGUUCUGAGGGAAACUGUGGCUCUACCUCCACACCUCAGAGAGGUGUAAUCGACAGGAGCGCGAAAGCUCCACAAAACGGCAGUGAGUGGUGUGAAACUGAAACUGUCACCACAACCACCGUGAGGGAUCAACCUUUCCAGCUGAGGGCGUCUGGCUGCUGUUGGAGCUCAUCAUCUGGAUCCCAUGAUCCCUGGAGUCUACUGACACACGUGGAUCUGGGGACAAGAUCUGACACCAAUCAACCAAACACCUCACCAAAAGUUGCCGUUCUGCCUCUGCUUCGAGUUCCUCAGAACUGCCCACGGAGGUACCGGCUGAUUUCCUCUGAUCCUGACGGUGACAGGGUUCGAUGCAGGUAUGUCCAACACGGAGAGGACGGCCGUCAUCCAGGCUUCACCUUAGAUCAGGACUCCUGCACAUUAGACUAUCACUACGUCAACAGCACCAGACAAGAAAAUGAAUUUAAGCUGGUGGUGGAGGAUUUCCCAAAACAACAGAUCACUUUGACCUAUUUAGAUGGAUCCCAGUCGGUCAAGGAUCCACUGGUCUCGAGAAAGAAAAGACAUUACCAUGAUUUUAGACACAGACACAGACCAAAACACCAUCAUCCACACUAUCACCCACAACUAGCUGAACCUGAGACCACAACUACAACAAAAACACCGACCACGGCAACAAAACAGACAACGUCAAUGAAACAACCACCACCAAUGACGACCACGGCAACGAGACCUCCAACAACUGAGCCCACGACAGUGAAACCCACAACAAUUGAACCUGUGACGACCACUACAAGGACUGAGACCACGACGCCGACCACCACGACGCCGGAGCUGCCAACCACCACAACAAACAAACCCACGAUGCAGACAACGGAACCCACGACCACCACAACAAACGAACCCACGACGCAGGCGACAGAACCCACGACCACCACAACAAACGAACCCACGACGCAGGCGACGGAACCAACGACCACCACAACAAACGAACCCACGACGCAGGCGACGGAACCAACGACCACCACAACAAACGAACCCACGACGCAGGCGACGGAACCAACGACCACCACAACAAACGAACCCACGACGCAGGCGACGGAACCAACAACCACCACAACAAACGAACCCACGACGCAGACGCCGGAACCCACGACCACCACCUCAACAAACGAACCCACGACGCAGACGCCGGAACCCACGACCACCACCUCAACAAACGAACCCACGACGCAGGCGACGGAACCCACGACCACCACCACAACAAACGAACCCACGACGCAGACGCCGGAACCCACGACCACCACCACAACAAACGAACCCACGACGCAGGCGCCGGAACCCACGACCACCACCACAACAAACGAACCCACGACGCAGGCGCCGGAACCCACGACCACCACCACAACAAACGAACCCACGACGCAGGCGGAACCCACGACCACCACCACAACAAACGAACCCACGACGCAGACGCCGGAACCCACGACCACCACCACAACAAACGAACCCACGACGCAGGCGACGGAACCCACGACCACCACCACAACAAACGAACCCACGACGCAGGCGACGGAACCCACGACCACCACCACCACCACAACAAACGAACCCACGACGCAGGCGACGGAACCCACGACCACCACCACCACCACCACCACAACAAACGAACCCACGACGCAGGCGACGGAACCCACGACCACCACCACAACAAACGAACCCACGACGCAGGCGACGGAACCCACGACCACCACCACCACAACAAACGAACCCACGACGCAGGCGACGGAACCCACGACCACCACCACACCAAACGAACCCACGACGCAGGCGACGGAACCCACGACCACCACAACAAACGAACCCACGACGCAGGCGACGGAACCCACGACCACCACAACAAACGAACCCACGACGCAGAUGCCGGAACCCAGGACCACCACCACCACAACAAACGAACCCACGACGCAGAUGCCGGAACCCACGACCACCACCACCACAACAAACAAACCCACGACGCAGAUGCCGGAACCCACGACCACCACCACCACAACAAACGAACCCACGACGCAGAUGCCGGAACCCACGACCACCACCACCACCACAACAAACGAACCCACGACGCAGGCGACGGAACCCACAACCACAACAAACGAACCCACAACAACAAACGAACCCACGACGCAGGCGACGGAACCCACAACCACAACAAACGAACCCACGACGCAGGCGACGGAACCCACGACCACAACAAACGAACCCACGACGCAGGCGACGGAACCCACGACCACAACAAACGAACCCACGACGCAGGCGACGGAACCCACGACCACAACAAACGAACCCACGACGCAGGCGACGGAACCCACGACGCAGGCGACGGAACCCACGACGCAGGCGACGGAACCCACGACCACCACCACCAUAACGACGGAACCCACGGCCUCCACAACAUACCAACCCACGACGGAGCAGACGACGGAACCCACGGCCACCCCUGUGGUACCCACAAUGACCAUCACUACAACAGAACUGCCCAAAACAGAACCUACUAUUACCACUACAGUGGAAGAGAUGACGAGUUUAUCUUUCACAUCAUACAUCAGCACUACAACAUUGCAUCCAAACAUUCCCAGUCUCUGUGAAAUGCCUUUAAAUGUUUUCAUACUUGUUGACGAUCCUGCUCCAUCGUGUCAGGAGGGAGACUACUUGCCACAACUUGUGGACCCUACACCUGAGAAUGGAGCAUUCAUCCAAGCAGUGGUAGGCAGAGAGCUGGAGAUCAGAGUCAAAGCAAAAGCCUCAAACUCAGAAAUAAAUAACCUCAUCAUUAGUGGGCCACGCAAUAUCCAUAAGCACAAGACCACACGUGAGUUCAUCAUAAGGUGGACGCCAACCCCAGAUGAGGUUGAUGACCAGUACCCAGUCUGCUUUGCUGUGGAAUCUGUGGCCGGGUCUCGCGUCUAUCAGUCGGAGAUGAGAUGUGUCCUGGUGGGUGUCAAGAAGAGAGAGAUUAAAACAAAUGUCAUAUGCAAAGAGUCCACAAUAAUAGUAGAGAUUGAGAAAGCUUCCUUGUCUGGAAUAAGUGAGGAUCAUCUGCAGCUCAGCGACUCCUCCAACACCCUGUGCAGCCUCCAGAGACACUCCAACCGCACUCACAUAGUUGGUGUCAUUCCCCUCAAUGCUUGUGGCACUAAGAUCGAGGAAGAUGAAGAAAACAUCAAUUUCAAAAAUGAGAUUAUAAACGUGGACAACGUCAGAGAUGUGGUCACCAGGAAAGACCAUCUGGAGGUGAAGUUCUACUGUCAGUACCCCAAAUGGAGCAUCAGUACAUUGAGCUUCACAGCUCACAGGCCGGCCGUCACAGUGUGGGACAAAGGCCUUGGCACAUUCACCUACCACUUUGAGUUCUACUCUAGUGAACGGUUCAGGAAAAUGAUUGCUCCAAAUUUGUAUCCGCUGGAGUUUGAAACUGGGAGCAGGAUGUUUAUUGAGAUAGAGGCCAACACUUCAGCCCAAAACACUGAGCUGUUUGUGGAGUCCUGCAGAGCUGCACCUUAUGACAACCCGGACUCUCAGCCGACCUACUCCAUCAUUGAAAAUGGGUGUAACGUGGACCAAACUAUUCGAACCUAUCCCAGUGACAGGAGAGAAUUCAAGUUCAGCGUCGAGGCCUUUAAGUUCAUCGGCCUGCAGAACCAGGUUUACAUCAGCUGCUCGGUUCUGAUGUGUGAAGCGGGGAACCACAACACAAGGUGUUCACAAGGAUGCAUCAGGUCCCAGGAGCCGCACCAUCACAGAAAGAGAGAGGCUGGUAUCCAGAGUGAAGCUCACUUCAUCUCCCAGGGUCCUUUGCGCUUCAAGAGAUCAGUGGAGCUCAGCAGACACACAGUGACCAACCUGAUUGUGAACCUGCUUUUCGUAGCUGGAUGUCUCCUUGCUGCUGUGGGUAUGAUCUGUGGGGUUAUCAUCUACAGAUCUAAGAUGACUGGCUUCAAAUACCAACCUUUGCCAACGUUUGAAAACUAGGAAAGCAAUGCAGCAUGACAAUAAAAGAAAUAUAAUAAACUA